GUGCGCAGAUGAGCGGCCGGGCGGGAGGUGCCGACUGCGUCCCGUGCCUGGCUUGGCAGCGCGAGCCCGGGCGGUUGCCAGGGUGACGGCGGGACAACAUGGCGCGUUGACAGCUCCGGCUCGAGGGGGGCUGGCGCUUCCGAAAAGGCGGGGCCCCCGCCGCCGAGAGGAGGAUGAACAAAUAUAAACUAAUUGGUAAAAUAGGAGAGGGAACCUUUUCCGACGUUCUGAAGACACAGAGUCUUAGGGAUGGAAAUUUCUAUGCAUGCAAACAAAUGAAGCAGCAUUUUGAAAGUAUCGAACAAGUGAAUAAUCUGCGAGAAAUACAAGCUCUGAGGCGUCUCAAUCCACAUCCAAAUAUUCUUAUGUUACAUGAGGUGGUUUUUGAUAAAAAAUCUGGCUCUCUUGAACUAAUAUGUGAACUUAUGGACAUGAAUAUUUAUGAACUGAUAAAAGGGAGGAAAAAGCCAUUACCUGAAAAAAGAACAAUGAGCUACAUGUACCAGUUAUGUAAAUCCCUUGAUCACAUGCACAGAAAUGGAAUAUUUCACAGAGAUGUGAAACCAGAAAACAUAUUAAUAAAGCAGGAUACCCUGAAGUUAGGAGAUUUUGGAUCUUGUAGGAGUGUUUAUUCCAAACAGCCAUAUACAGAAUACAUCUCAACACGCUGGUACCGAGCACCAGAGUGCCUGCUCACAGAUGGCUACUAUAGCUACAAAAUGGACAUGUGGAGUGCUGGCUGUGUUUUCUAUGAAAUUACAAGUUUACACCCUCUUUUUCCUGGAUCCAAUGAACUGGACCAAAUAUCAAAAAUCCAUGAUAUUAUAGGCACCCCUGCUAAGAAAAUUCUCAAUAAGUUCAAACAGUCAAGAGCCAUGAGUUUUCACUUCCCCUUUAAGAAAGGGACAGGAAUACCUUCUCUUGUGCCUAAUUUGUCCCCCAAAGGCCUCACUCUCAUGUACGCAAUGAUAGAAUAUGAUCCUGAUGAGAGAAUCGCUGCCCGCCAGGCUUUACAUCAUCCAUAUUUCCGAGAGCUGAGGACAGCAGAUAAGAAAGCUUUGACCAUACAGAGAAAAGUAAGAUUAAUAGAAAAUACAGAGGGACAGGAGCCUAUCCACCUGUGGCCUAUUUCAAAGGAAAGCAAAGGACAGCACUUUCUUAGGCAAGCCCAGGAAAAUCCAAAACGACAUCACGGACCUUCCUGUGUAAUAGAAUUACCAAAACUGAAUGUUUGUGGAGUAACGAAGUUGACUUCUUAUCCUAGUCCUACAUUUCGUUCAGUUUUUACCACACCUGUAACACACUGUGAAGUACCCGUGUUGCAGCCUAUUAAAUAUAUCGGGACAAAUUGCAAGUCUGAAAAACAGAAAGAACUUAAGACUUCUUUGAAACAAUGCCACUUACCUACUAUAGAACGAAGAGAUGGAAGAUUUUGACCAUCUUGUCAAAGAUUUGGAGUGUAAGGAAGAGCAUAAUAUGCAGGGACUCAGAUUCAAC